AUGUCACGGAGUUCAAAGGACGGGCCUUCCAUAUGGCCGGGGAAUCCUACGCGGGACGUUAUCUUCCCGUUUACGCGUCCGCGGGUUAUGAUCAGAACGCAAAGCUCGUACAGCACCCCUCAAUCUAGUUUCGGUGAUGAUAGGCGAGUGCUGUCGAAACGACUCUGUGGCUGGAUGGAUAUGCUCAGCAUACUGCUGACUUGGCCUGACGUCCAGUGCUCCAUUUACUUCAGCACUUGUGUUAAGAUGAAACGGAUUGCAAUGGAUCCAGUAGCCCGGCCGUUGAACUCUCCUUCUACCUUGACAACGGCAGACUGCACUCCUCCGUUGAAUACGUCGCGCAACUUUUGGAACGCGACGUACAUGUUCUAA